UUUACCUAUCAACAUGCUGGCGUUCAGAGGCUUAUACAGGCUAAUAGUGGUGUGCCUGUUACUCACUGUGCUGGAAUCAAGGACUCUAGACGGCGGACACAGGGAAGUGAAAGAGGGUGACGCUCGUCUGGUGGGAGGGAAAUCUCCAUCUGAGGGACGGGUGGAGGUGUUCCACGCUGGUAGCUGGGGGACAGUGUGUGACGAUGACUGGGGAAUUGAGGAAGCACAGGUGGUGUGCAGGCAGCUGGGUUUACGUGGUGCCAUUUCAGCAGAAACAGGAGCAAAGUUCGGACAAGGUUCUGGAAGAAUAUGGCUGGAUGAUCUGAGAUGCAAGGGCAGUGAGAGUUACCUGAGCAGCUGUGGCUUUCAAAGCUGGGGAGUGACCGACUGCUCCCAUUCAAAGGAUGCUGGUGUGGUGUGUGAUGUCGAUCCAGCUUUUAACAUUCCGAACUACCCUCUGGAUCACAGCAUUGCGCUCUCUGACGAGCUGGGCGAGUUGUUUGACAGUGGCACGGGUUGUGAUUUCACCCUCACGUUCUCCUACACCCCGGAGGAUUCUAUGGAGGCGGAGGUGGAUCAGGCCCCGUCUAAUAACAAAGAGAGUGUCUGUGUGCAUCGCUUGGUUCUCUCCCUCUUUUCAAAGACUGUUGUGAUCAACUCAAGCUAUGAGAUGGAGAUCAGCUCAAACUGCCAACCUUACAUCAGAGAAUUCACACGGUACCUCUAUACACGCACGGUCACAGUCACCGUCUCCUCCAUGCAGUGUCUUCAUCAACUGGCUUCUGAGUUCGGUGCAGUGCGUCUGCUGGAAGAUCUUGGACGUCUCAUUGUGCUCCUGCUGCCUGAAGAUACCUCCUUCCGUACACAGGUGGCGCUGUUCAAGCACGCUAUGCAGUCUGGUGACGGCCUGCUCCGUGACAACGUCUUGCGUUACCUGGGCUGGAACAUGGAGCCGCUGGUGACUUCAGCCCAGUGGAAGAGCCUACCAGAGGAGCUCCUGAAGGGUCUGCUGGUCAGCACAGACCUGGUGCUGCCAGACGAGGCCUGGCUGCUGGCUGCUCUGGAGGCCUGGGUGCUGGAGCAAGGUGAGGCGGUGACCCAUGAGCAGCAGGCAGCUCUGCUGGGUCACCUGCGCUUCCCCAUGAUGACCCCCGAUCAGCUCUAUGAGGUGCCCUUCACCGCCCGCCUCUACAGCGGUCACAAAGACCUGUUCUUCGCUGGAAUUCUACAAGGGUUCCAGUUCCACGCACUGAACUUCUCCGUCCUGACCGGACAUGUGGAUGGACGAAGUGAACAGUUCCAGUCCAGGAUUUACACUGCUGACCCCUGGAGCGUUAGCUUCAAUGCCUCAAACCUGCCCAUCAGGAGAUAUGACUACACCCAUAAUAGAUACGGUUCUAUUGGACAUAAGAGAUUCACCACCCCUCUAACGUUUACGUAUUCACCUGUGCCAUGGAUGGUUGAGGUCUUUUCACCUGAUCAGAGCUGCAUCACCAACGGUCAACAGUGCAAACAUUCCCUCCGCCUUUCUGCCACUAAACAAACAAGUGUCCAGUUCAGCAACCAAUUGUUGUUAGCCUGUAAUGAAAGUUAUGUCUUCCAUGUGCAAGAAUUCAAGAAUGACAGGGCAAAGAUCUCAAACGACAGCAUGGUCCUUCCGAUCACAUGUCCAGAUGACCUUACUUACCAAGUUGUUGUUCGUCCUCAGUAUGUCUGAGACGACUGUCUCUUCGUCCCAGAGGUGUCGAUUUCCGUCUCUGGUGAUCCAGUGCAGAAUAUUUCUCGUUGCUUUAGGUGAUUGCAACAGAUCAUUAUUGUUUUUAUGUUUAGAUGAAAAUCAUUUGGGUGAAAAUCAAAUUUUUCCAGAAUCAUACUAUGCUUUUGUAUUACAGAAGGUUUUCCUUCAGUGUUAAUCGUCAUGCACAUUGAUGAAUAAAAUGUAUCCUUUCUGA